UGUUGCAUUUGCUUUCCACCUCCCAGCGCCCCUUCUGAGAUUCCGGGGAGCCAGCGUGCUGGGAGAGGCGGAGGGUCCCGAGGAAGCCUGGCGGUAAAAAAAGCCACGAAGGGAGAGCAACCGAGCUAGCCGCUCCAGUGCGGGACAGGCGCUGAAGAGACGCACCGCGUCAACCCCAGCCAGGCUCUGUCGACAGCCAACGCCUGUCGCUGCGCCGCGGCUUCGAAGCCGCCGCCCCGGAGCAGCCCUUUCCUCUUCGGUGAAGUUUUUAAAAGCUGCUAGAGACUCUGAGGAAGCGAGGGAAAGUGCCGGGUAGGACUGACUGCUGGCUUUGUCCUCCUCCCCUCCACCCCCUACCCCCCACCCCCUCCCGCCUGGGUUUUCUCUCCAGCUCUUGCCUCUACCCGCUCCUCUCUGCCACCCCCACCAACCCCUCCUCCCCCUUCUCCAGUUGGCCCUGCGCAGCCAGCCAGAGUUUGCAGAGAGGUAACUCCCUUUGGCUGGUGCGGGCGAUCUAGCUGCACGUUGCAAAGCCUGCUCUGUGGAGCCAGGCGACCGGGGAGCCGCUUCAGCACUGCAGUGAAGAUCUGGCUGGGGUUAGGCGGCACGCGGGGAGAGCCCCCAGGUUCCCGUCACUCCCUCUUCACGUCCCCUGCACGACCCCGCACCCCGUUUGCUGGACUAGAGAUCGAACGAUGAAAAGGCGGACAGGGCUUCAGUAGCAAAACCAAAACUAAAAACAAAUCAAAACAAAAACAAAGAAGACUCUCCCCCACCCCCCGAAAUAAGAAGAUCCAAAGCAAAAACAAAGUCAAAACAAAGCAAAACAAAAAUAACCGGGUUUCUAUUUGCACCUGCUUCAGUGGACACCGAAUUUGGAAGGUGAAGGGUUUUCUUUUUUUUUCUUCUUCUUCUUCAAGACUUGAGCAUCUUUUGAAUCUGCCCUCCAGGUAGUGAGAAACAGACCGUGAAUCUAGCAGGGCAGGUGUGUCCAGCGCGUGUAUUCCUCUGUAGGAGACUUUGAAGCUCUCAGAGCGCUUUUGUGUGAUUAUUCCUGCAAGUUUCCUUCCCAAGAGGUUCCCGAAGGUGGACAGCUAGCUGCAGCGACUACCGCAUCACAGCCUGUUGAACUAUUCAGCAAGAAGGGAAGACGGGAUAAAGGAAUUAGGUGGAAGAUUCAGCCAACCUCAAGGAUGGAGGUACAGUUAGGGCUGGGGAGGGUCUACGCCAGGCCGGCGUCCAGAACUUAUCGAGGAGCUUUCCAGAACCUGUUCCAGAGCGUGCGGGAAGUGAUCCAGAACCCGGACCCCAGGCACCCUGAGACUGCGAGCGCAGCACCUCCCGGCGCUCGUUUGCAGCAGCAGCAGCAGGAAACCAGUACCCGGCAGCUGCAGAAGGAGGGUGAAGAUGGCUCUCCCCAAGCCCAGAGCAGACGCCCUACAGGCUACCUGGCCCUGGAUGAGGAACAGCAGCCCUCACAACAGCAGUCAGCCCCCGAGGGCCACCCGGAGAGCGACUGCAUCCCAGACCCCAGAGCCGCCUCAGCCGCCAGCAAGGGGCUGCAGCAGCAGCCGCCAGGACCUCCAGAUGGGGGUGACUCAGCUGCCCCAUCCACGUUGUCCCUGCUGGGCCCCACUUUCCCCAGUUUAAGCAGCUGCCCCUCUGAUCUUAAAGAUAUCCUAAGCGAGGCCGGCACCAUGCAACUCCUUCAGCAGCAGCCGCAGGAGGCGGUGUCAGAACGCAGCAGCAGCGGGAGAGUGAGGGAGGCCGCUGGGGCUCCUACCUCCUCCAAGGACAGUUACCUAGUGGGCAUUUCGACCAUCUCGGACAGCGCCAAGGAGUUGUGUAAGGCGGUGUCAGUGUCCAUGGGCUUGGGUGUGGAAACAUUGGAACAUUUGAGUCCUGGGGAGCAGCUUCGGGGGGAUUGCAUGUAUGCCCAGCUCCUUGGAGGUCCACCGGCUGUACGUCCCACUCCUUGCGUACCGCUGGCCGAAUGCAAAGCUUCUCGGCUGGAUGAUGGCCCAGGCAAGGGCGCCGAAGAGACUGCUGACUACUCCCUUUUCAAGGCAGGUUACGCCAAAGGGCUGGACUGCGAGAGCUUGGGCUGCUCCGGCACCAGCGAAACAGGGGGCUCCGGAACACUUGAGAUGCCAUCCACUCUGUCUCUCUACAAGUCUGGAGCACUAGACGAGGCAGCAGCUUAUCAGAGUCGCGACUACUACAACUUUCCUCUAGCCCUUGUGGGGCAGCCGCCGCCUCCGUCGCCUCCCCAUCCUCACGCCCGAAUCAAGCUGGAGAGCCCUCUGGACUAUGGCAGUGCCUGGGCGGCAGCGGCGGCGCACUGCCGCUACGGAGACUUGGCAAGCCUGCAAGGAGGGGGUGCUGCGGUACCCGGCUCAGGCUCACCCUCAGCCUCCACCUCGUCUUCCUGGCACAAUCUCUUCACAGCUGAAGAAGGCCAACCCUAUGGGCCCUGUGGCCCGGGGGACGGUGGCAGCAACGCAGGCGAGGGAGCGGCUGUAGCCCCCUAUGGCUAUGCUAGGCCACCUCAAGGGCUGGCGGGCCAGAAAGGUGACUUUCCCCCGCCCGAUGUGUGGUAUCCUGGCGGUGUGGUGAGCCGAGUACCCUAUCCAAGUUCCAGUUGUGUCAAACGUGAGAUAGGCCCAUGGAUGGAGAACUACUCUGGAACUUACGCGGACAUGCGUUUGGAGACUGCCAGGGAACAUGUUCUGCCCAUUGACUAUUACUUCCCACCCCAGAAGACCUGCCUGAUCUGUGGGGAUGAAGCUUCUGGCUGUCACUAUGGAGCUCUCACUUGUGGAAGCUGCAAAGUCUUCUUUAAAAGAGCUGCUGAAGGGAAACAGAAGUACCUAUGUGCCAGCAGAAAUGAUUGCACCAUCGAUAAAUUCCGAAGGAAAAAUUGUCCAUCUUGUCGCUUGAGGAAGUGCUAUGAAGCAGGGAUGACACUGGGAGCCCGGAAGCUGAAGAAACUUGGUAAUUUGAAACUACAGGAGGAAGGGGAAGCUUCCAGCGCCACCAGCCCCACUGAGGAGCCAACCCAGAAGCUGACAGUGUCACACAUUGAAGGUUAUGAGUGUCAGCCCAUCUUUCUGAAUGUCCUGGAAGCCAUUGAGCCAGGUGUGGUGUGUGCUGGACAUGACAACAACCAGCCUGACUCCUUCGCAGCCUUGCUCUCUAGCCUCAAUGAACUGGGUGAAAGACAGCUUGUGCAUGUGGUCAAGUGGGCAAAGGCCUUGCCUGGCUUCUGCAACUUGCACAUGGAUGACCAGAUGGCAGUCAUUCAGUACUCUUGGAUGGGGCUUAUGGUGUUUGCCAUGGGCUGGCGGUCCUUCACCAAUGUCAACUCCAGGAUGCUCUACUUUGCCCCUGACCUGGUUUUCAAUGAGUACCGCAUGCACAAGUCCCGGAUGUACAGCCAGUGUGUCCGAAUGAGGCACCUCUCUCAAGAAUUUGGAUGGCUGCAAAUCACCCCCCAGGAAUUCCUGUGCAUGAAGGCACUGCUACUGUUCAGCAUUAUUCCAGUGGAUGGACUGAAAAAUCAAAAAUUCUUUGAUGAACUUCGAAUGAACUAUAUCAAGGAACUUGAUCGUAUCAUUGCAUGCAAGAGAAAAAAUCCUGCAUCCUGCUCAAGGCGCUUCUACCAGCUCACCAAGCUCCUGGAUUCUGUGCAGCCUAUUGCACGAGAGCUGCAUCAGUUCACUUUUGACCUGCUAAUCAAGUCCCACAUGGUGAGCGUGGACUUUCCAGAAAUGAUGGCAGAGAUCAUCUCUGUGCAAGUGCCCAAGAUCCUUUCUGGGAAAGUGAAGCCCAUCUAUUUCCACACACAGUGAAGCUUUGGAAGCCCCCAUUUCUCACCCUACACACUCCCCUUUUCAGAUAUCUUCUGCCUGCUAUAACUCUGCAUUACUUUUCUGCAGUGCCUUGGGGAAUUUCCUCUACUGAUGUACAGUCUGUCAUGAAGAUGUUUCUGAGUUCUAUUUGCUGGGCUUUUUUUUCUCUCUCUUUUCCUCCUUUCUUCCCUGUCUCACCCUUCCAUGGUAUCUUCAGACUCUGUCCACUGCCAUAGUUCUUAUCUGUAUUUUGAAUGGUGGUGUUAUUUCUUUAAAUCUUUGGUGAUCCUCAUGUGGCCCAGUGUCAAGUGUGCCACACAAACAUUUACUCACCUAAUGCCACAGGAAGUUUAGAGUGCUAAGAGUAUCUGGGAAAACAAAACACAAGAAAAACACAAAACCGUGCUUGGGUUUUUCAUCUUAAAAAGUAAAAAAACAAACAGAAACCCACAAGGAGACCAACACUGACUAGAAUAAGGUGAAAAUUUGCAGCCCAUGGGGAGUCAUUGCAUUUUUGCCAAACCCUCUUUCCUUGGGACACUUUAUUUUCUGCCAAUGGCUAUUGCCUAUAGUGAGCAGGGUGACCUCAGAGCCAAGUUGGGGAGGCAGAUUUAAAAGAGAACAAAGAAGACAAAUGGAUUACCAGUACCUGCCCACAGUCUUGACUUCUGAGGGCUACACCACUCAACUGCAGAGCAAUUCACUGUACUGAAAAUGUGCUUCUUGUUUGAAAAGCUGUCUGCCAAAAGUUGUGAACGUCUUCUCCAGCCAGUCCCUUUUCUCUUCACCCUCUGCCUCCACCCUCAAUUUGACUUUCAAUAGCUUUUCUAAGAACUUUGAAUUGAAUUCUCUUUAACCAAAACUUGGCCAUGACCAGUGAAAAGUCAGGCCAAUGAGAAGGAGAGGAGAGAUGUGGCCCUUUGGAAAGCCCCACUCAGAUCCAGGUCUGCUCUCCCAUUUCUGGGCCAGGAAAGAGUUUGGAGCUGGGGUCAGAGGAAAAGGAAGUGGUGGCUUGGCUGUUCUCCCGCUUAGGACACUGAACAUUUGAUCCAUCUUUUUUCCUGACUUUAAAAGAGCUGAAUGUUUUCUGCCUGACUGUGCUGCUGCAAGCUCCCUCCACCCUCCCAUCAGUAUUUUGUGAGCCUGAAUUUCACCAGACUGCAUUAAAGAAGCUGCAGUAGUGAUGUUUGUCCACUUCUUUGGGCAUGUUCACAGACUCUUUGCUAAAAGCCUCUACCACCAUGAAGGCUAGCAAGCCAGCAGUUUUAACAUCUAUCUCUAGAUGCCAGAAGGCUCAAAGACUUCUUACCAGAUGUUUCUGAACAACUAUCAGAUCUCUGGAUCCUUAGGCAAACAGGAAAGAAAGCAUCAAUGGAAUUGGACAAGCUGGGCAUCUUGCCCUUGUCUCCAGAGAUGAUACCUCCCCACCAAGUGGACUAAUACCCACUUCCUUCUUCAGAGUAGCUAAAACAGCUCUCCAGAGUGGGGUUGAAGAGAAAACUCAAUUACCAGGGCUGGAAGAAUGAAGUCACUAGAACCAGAAACCGUAUAGAUGCUUUCCUUGCCACCCAGCAUAUCCACUUGCGAAACUCAUGGGAAGAAGAGAGAAGGAUCCAAGAGGAGACUCUGACUAUUAAAUUAAAGUAUUCAGAGGCAAAGUAAAGCCAGAUGGACACCAUCUGGUGAGUUUGCUCAUCCUCCUCCUAUGCUGCUGAUUCUGGGCUCCGACAUUGGCCAUACUCAUUCAGACUCCCCACUUUUGUUGCUGCCUCUCAGAGGGAGGCUGAAGCACUGGGACUGCAGAACCAUGGCCUCCUUUGAAAAGGUCUGUUUGGUGUGGUCCCAGUGGGCUGUCACCCAUAAACUUGGUGUGUUUCUGGGACACUGGUGUCAUAUAGUCCUUUGAUACACCUCUGUUCUGUUGACAUUGUCCCCCAUUCCCAAGUGCGGAGGGAUUGUCCACCUACUUUCUCAUCUUGGUCACUGCCUCCUCACUUAGUUUUUAAAUUCAUCUGCUAAAAUCAAGAAUUUAGGGACCAGUCACCACACUGCCCAUUUCAGUUGGUUCACUCUACUUUUUGAGAAGAUAGUUUCUGAGUGACAUGAUAUGAUCUACAUGGGUUUCUUCCCAAUUUCUGUGUUGAUAUUAAUAGCCAAAUGAACUUACACAACAGCUUCUUUAAAUAACAAAGGAGAAGGGAACCUAAAAUGGGUGAUAUACCAUUCCAAGACUGCUGGACAAAACUAAAGCUGACAGGUUCUCUUUCUCAGGUACGAUAGACAAAUUCUGGUUUUCUUUGUUAUGACACCAUUUGGCUUAUGUAAGUUCACAGGAUCACUUUUAGCUGUUUUAAACAAAAAGAAAAAAUCCACCACUCUUUUCAGUUAAAUGAGGUUACAUUUUAAUAGUUCCUUUACAUCUGUUUUGAAAUGAUUUUCCUCUUUUGUGGUACAUGGAUUCAAUUAUAUCAGCCUAAUACCUCUCCUUGUAAAUACUAGAGGUUCUCCUUUCCAUUUUUCUAUCAGAUUUUUCAUUUUUAUGUAUUUCCCAAUUGUGACUCUUGUCCUUAUGAAUAUAUAUGUUUUGCAUUUGUGAAGUGUAAUUUAAAACAGCAACAAGUGGAUUGCUCUAAAUUUCCAAAUGGCAAGAUUAGGGGUAAAUAGCCUAGCCAAGGCUUUAUGCCUACUGUUUUUGCACUGGGAUUUCAGUGAGCCAAGGAGAUUUUAGCUUGGCUUUGUUCUCCCAUAGAUGAAAAGGAGAUGGUUUUUUCUUCUGGCCACUGAUGUUCCAGCCAAUGUAAUUGACAGAAGUCUCAUUUUGCAUGUACUCAGCUCUACAGAGUUGAUGUGGUUGGUACCUGUGAAGAAUCAGUUACCCAAACCCACUCAACCUGAUUAGCUGAAAGAUGAGGAUCACUCACCAGACAAUCAUCUCUAGAAGAUCUGAAGUGCUAAAUGGGGAUGGAGAGUGGAUAGAAAAAGAAGGAGUACCAGGGAGAAGGCCCCAUCCAUCUGGAGCAGCAAAAAGCAGCCAGAGUCACAAACUCUGUGGUUAGAGAGGAGUCAUUUGGCAGUUUCAGCUCUUGUUCAUUGGGCAACUCUCCCAGGCCUGGCCUCUGAGCUGAAAUAACGGUUAGGUUCUUUGUUCCAUAGCUUUUCUAUGCCACAGACUGUAUCAUUGUUCUUGGAGAUUUCACUAUUUUUUUAAUGAGAAAGGAAUUUUUUUGAAGGAUUCUGUCAUAUAUCUUUGAAAAAGAAAAUCAGUAAAACAUAUAUUUUUAUGUAUGCUCAUUGGCACUAAAAAAGAAAAAAAAAGAGCUUCAUUCUGUCCUUUGGGUAGUUGCUGAGGUGAUUGUCCAGGUUGAGAAAUAAUGUGCUGAUGCUAGAGUCCCUUUCUCUCCAUACUCUACUUCUAAAUACAUAUAUGCAUAUAUAGCAAGAAGUAGUCUAUUUGUACUUUAAGAAAAAAUAGUUCCAUCAUCCACAUGAUAUUGAUACUACACAAAUGACCUAACUCUGAGCUUUAAGAAGCUUCUAAGUGUUUGUUUCAUUUGACACAACACAGACAUGGCCUUGUUCUCUUUUUUCCCUUGAUAGGGCACAAAAUUCAAGCCACUCCCUCCACCCAUUCCCAGUCCUAUGCUAGGGGUGCACUUCAUAAGACUCUUCAGACAACAUUUUAACUACCCUUGCAUGGGCCCUGCAUGGCCCUGGGAAAACAAGAGACUGACUAUAAAUUAUCCUGUGCCAGUUGCCCAGGUGAGAGGGUACUGGGCUAAGGGAGUGGCCUGUAUGGGCUACCCUCUAAAGGGGGUAAUGAGAAUCAAGAAGGCAAAGGAUCAAAUCCCCCAAAAAGUCAAAAUAAGCCAUUUAGCAUGCACAAUUUCUUGUAAAAGGAACUUUCUGCCCCUGCUGUCACCUUUUAUAGGCAGGUCUGUUCUCACCACUAAUCUCUUGGAAAAUCUUUGAAAGCAGUUUAAAAAAAGAAGACCAAGAGAUGAAAGCAUAAUAUUAUGUAACCAAAUAUUACAUUGCAUCUGCUAAAACACCAAAAUUUUUAAAGGCAGAGAGGGAGCAAGCAUUAGUGCCUUUGGUAAGCUAUCCAAAGACAGACUAAAGCACUUUGAUGGUGACUGACUUAUAGGAGUUUUCUGGGGUUUUCCCCCUACAAUAUACAUGGUUAGAAGAGUGGAAGGUAAUUUUGAAAAAAAUGAGAUUAUAGAUCCUUCACUAAAUGAUUUUAUUAGUAGAACCAGCUUUCCUUUUCUCUAGUAGUCGCUGAGCAAAUUCUUAAAGCUCCAUUAUUGCAUGGUUGGAAAUGGAGCUGUCUUAGCCACUGUGUUUGCUAGUGUCCAUGUUAGCUUAUAUGAAGAUGUGAAGCCCUUGCUGAGAAGGGAAGCAUUUAAAGGACUAGAUUUUGCACUAGAAGGACAGCAGGCAGAUAUCCUCAUUUCUGCCCACUUUGGAUGGCACAAAAAAUUAUCUGCUGUUAAAGGCAGAAGGUUGAAAUAUAUUGUAAAUGAGUAUUUGCAUCCAUGUUUCAAAACUGACAUAUAUAUAUAGAUAUAAUGUGUUGUGAUAGCUUUACCUUUCUCUGCGCCUUUAUGUUUGGCUCCAGGUCAUAAUUGAUACCAUGUACUUGUGAAAGAAGCUACAGCUGAAAUUUGGAAGAUCUCUCAGAAAGGAAGACACCUAGGAUGACCAGAUAACUAAGAGAUCCCUGCCCUAUUGGGGUCUGAUCCAUAGGCCUUUAAAGGCAGAAGAUGGGGGGAAAGGAUUGAGUACACGAUGUAUUGCACUUUACUAGCCCAAGACAGAUGAAUGUGUAAAGGGUGGCGAAGACUCUUUGGAACCAACUGGGCUCUACCUUAGGGAAGGCCCAGGCUUAGAGCCAAAGGCCCAUCCAAAUGAUUAGCCAGUGGCUCCCUACUGGUACCUGAGCAGUUGGAAGAAGGAAGGGCAUUCUUUGAUCUUUACCAUCCUUAUGAGGAAAGGGCAGUUUGCUGUACUUGGGAAUCUGGAGCAAGUGCUUCGUCUUUCACACAAUUCAACCACCUGCGACUGAGGUGCUCUUGCUACUGGGUGUCUAUGUGCUCUAAUUCUGGUUUUGGAUAUGUUCUGUAAAGAUUUUCACAAUGAAAAUGUGUUUUUAUCUGUUAAAAAUUGUCAGUGUACUAGAAGUUGUAUCUCUGUACGUACAAGUCCAUCUCGGCCCAUGAGUAGGGGCAUUUUUCAUCAAUUAAGAGAUUGACACUGGGGUCUGUUGUCUAAAGCCUCCCAACCCUCAAUGAUUUCUAGGUGAAGGCAGAAAAAUCCACAUUAGUCAUUCCUCUUCAGACACUUCAACUGAGGUAACAAACCAUUUGGAAUAUUCCCACCCCAAAAAAUGACUAGUAAAUAUUUUGAUUUAGAGGUGAGAGUCUUAAAAGAAAAAAUAGCCUUUGACCCAGCUUCAAUUUAUCCCCAUUUAAUUUGGCCAGAAAGUAGGUAACAUACAGUGAUUGCUUCCAAUUUAGUUCACUAUAACAGGGGUGCGAGUUUCUUUCAUUACCCAACUUGUAUCUUGUUUUAUGGAAUUAAAUGAGAAACGAUGGACUGACUGAUCCUUGUGGCGUAAAACAGUUCCCACAUGCACUCCUUACCAAGGCUGUCAUAUAGUUACAGAUUCUGUUGACCACUGAAGACUGAAACACACACAUACCCCAAAGGAAAAAAAAUUUGAAAUGUUACUGCUUCUCUGGUAGUACUCUGCCUGACUGCUACUUCACAUUUUGGGAAUCUGUUUGCUGAACAGCAGACAAGCCAGGCCUGAAGUCUCUCCCAGUCUUAGUCCUUGGUGCUAACUAUCCUGCAGUGAAGUACCUGUGGUGUUGUCUUAUCCCAUAAGCCACUCCUGUGCUGAGAGUUAUCACCACUGGGAUGACCCAAGCUGAAAAAAAAAAUGACCCUCAUCACCCAAUGACACCUUUCUGCUUUCCCCUAGACUGGAACAUUGAUUAGGGAGUGCCUCAGACAUGAUGUUCUUGUGUUGUCCUUAAGAUUACUUUGGCAGCAGGAGGGAGCAGACUCUGUAAACAGAUGUAAGAAGUAAUUUUUGAUGUUGAGGGAAAAAAUAAAAGAGAGAAAGAAAGCAUCAUAUAAAGAUUUUUUUUAAAGAAAUGUUAAUUUUGCUUGAAACUUCUUGCAAUGGGACUUCAGUUCUUACAGAGGCACUUGGCCUCCACUGGACAGCAGGACCAGCCCCAAGCACUAGUGCUCUGUUCCCUUUUUGUAAUCUUGGAAACUCUUGUGGCUCUAGAUGCAAUUAAAAAUGGCAGAAAGUUGUUUGUUGGAA